UUAUACCAAAGAGAGAGAAGCUUGAUUUCAACUGCCCUUUUUUUGUCUACUUGGUUUUUCAGUGAAAAAAUUAUGGGACAGAUUAGUAAGAUAUUGCAUGAAUUAAAGCCGGCCAUGCUGAUGGUGGUGGUUCAAGUAGUAUCCGCGGGGCUUAAUGUGCUUUACAAAUUGGCAGCAAACGAUGGGAUGAACUUGCGAGUCGUCGUGGCUUAUAGAAUGUUAUUCGCCACUGCUUUCAUGGUUCCCCUUGCGCUCAUCGUUGAAAGGAAGAGGCCAAAAAUGACAUGGACUAUAUUUUUUCAAGCAUCUCUCUGUGCGUUGCUAGGGGGUUCACUAGCUCAGAACUUGUACAUAGAAAGCCUGGCCUUAACAUCAGCAACAUUUGUUUGUGCCAUGGUUAAUGUCACUCCUGCCGUAACUUUCAUUAUUGCCAUCACUCUUGGAUUGGAAAAGCUAGCAUUGAGGACAAUGGCAGGGAAGGCAAAGGUAUUGGGAACUGCACUUGGAAUAGGUGGGGCAAUGAUACUCACUUUUUACAAAGGAUUCCAAUUCAAUAUAUCAACCCAUAUUAACCUUCUUCCUCAUAAGCACAAUGCCUCUAACUCGUCAAAUGCUACUCAUUAUCUAUUGGGCGCUUUCUUGGCCUUUGUCUGCUGCAUUUGUUAUGCUCUUUGGAUGAACAUUCAGGCAAAGAUGGGUGAGAAAUACCCGUAUUAUUACUCGAGCACCGCGUUGAUAAGCUUGAUCGGAACCGUACAAGCAGUUGCGUUUGCAUUGUGCGUGGAAAGAGACAUGAGUCAGUGGAGAUUAGGGUGGAAUAUAAGGCUUCUCACCGUUGCUUACGCGGGAGUUUUUGGAAUGGGACUGACGUUUUGGUUGAUAGCUUGGUGCGUGGGGAUAAAAGGCCCACUUUAUACAUCUAUUUUCAGCCCCUUGACACUCGUCUUAGUAGCCAUUGCAGGCUCCUUGUUUCUCCAAGAAAAACUCUAUCUGGGAAGCAUAGUUGGAGCAGUGCUAAUUGUGGUGGCACUUUAUGUGGUGUUGUGGGGGAAAAGCAAGGAGAUGAAGAAGAUUAGUCCAUCAAUUAGUUCUCCAAAAAAUAAAGAUAUGGAGGUUGCUGUUACUUCUUUUGACGACAACACUUCCAUUGUUAACAACGAUCACAGUAUUUUCGUUGGUAAAGAUUCACCAAUGAAAUAGGAAAGAAAUGAGGGAAAAUAAGAAGGGAAA